AUGGAUUCGUCUCCAACAUCGACCCGAAUAACAGGCCCAAGCACAAGUGAAGUCAGCAAGAUCCAGCUCUACAUCGAGAUCGUGCUUGUCAGUGGCUUUACCGUGAAGAAGCAGUUUGAGCUGCCCCAGCACGCCGUAGAGCGAUGCAUCAUUCACGGCCGAGGACCACAAUACUCGAUCGAGUUGACCCACAGAUGUGUGGCACGCUCGGCUCUUUACGAUGAGCUCGUAGUUCUCCUACCAUAUCUAGUACGCAAGGGAGAGUCGUGCUGGUUCCACACCCUGAAUAAAGAAAGCAACACGACGUCCAACUGUCUCUUCGAUGGCGUCAAGUUAAAAAUGAACGUUCAGGAGAGUCAAUGCCUGUCGGAUUUUGGCAUCUGUUUUCCCCGUGCCGCAUUUGUGGAAGAACGCGAGAAAUUUGGGUCCCACCACGGUUCGAUGCCCUUCGAGUACCCCACGAUCCGGACCGAGGGUGCCUGGGUACAUCGGCACCCAUCGGACUCGGAACGGCUCCUCGUCAAUCGCGAGGGCUACGAGGUCAUGUACUUCUGCCAACCGCCACAGUUUCAGCAAGAGGUCACCAUUACCAAGCUUCGCAACGUCAUCUGUAGUUCUCUAAGCAUCAAUGACCCAAGAAGGGUGAUCUUGAAUGCAGGGCCAUUCUACUGGGACGUCGACUUUCAAGAAAACGGAAAGGACGUGCAACACACUUAUUUUCUUGACGACAUAGUCGUCGAUGGCCGUCAUAUGAGAACUGUACGAGGAUCAGCACUUAUCUAUGUAUUGGAGAGAAGUCUGAUAAACGUCGAUCCGUCUUGA